GGGGGGAGUUGGGGAGCACAGGACGUGGGCUGCAGCUGUGGGAUUGGGGCAAUGUGAGAUUGAGUUGAGACUGGGGGAUUUGGGGUGCAACUGAGCAUUUGAGGCUACAGGGAACCUGGGGAAAACCUGCGUGACAUGGGCAAUGCAGGAGUUGUGGCGAGACUGGGGGAUGUUGGCAAUGCUGGAACUGGGAUUUGGGGGAAAACUGGGGGAACUGGGCGAUGCAAGAGCUGGGGUGAAACAGAUCUGGGGCAAAAAAAAAUUGAGCAACCUGAGACUUUGGCUGAAGCUGUGGCAUUUGAGAUGAAACAGCAGGAUUUGGAGAAGUUGUAGGAUUUAGGGCAGUGUGGGACUUGGAGUAAAACUGGGCUUUUACUCGGGAUCUGGGGAGCUGUGGCAUUUGGAGGGGGCAUAGGACUUCAAGGUGAAACUGAGGGAUUUAAGUGUGAUUCAGGGUCUAAGAGGGGUGCAAUAUUCAGGGUGUAGAAGGGCACUGUGGGGGGGGGACACAACACACAGAGGAGGACAGAAAUAUUUGGGGGGCACACAGCAUUCCAGGAGGGGAUGCAGAAUUUGGGGAGCGUUGUGCUCCUGAGCGGGGCCAGGCUGGUGACACAGCUGUCGGAGCUGAUCCGGGUGCGGGACAGGGACAAGGACGGCAACAACAGCGUUGAAAGAGAAGAUGAGGCCGAGGACUGCGAGUUCGUGCGCUACUUCCCCAGCUUUGUGUGGGUGGUGAGGGACUUCACGCUGGAGCUGCGCGUGGGCGAGCGGCCCAUCAGUGAGGAUGAGUACCUGGAGCAGGUGCUGGAACUCAAGCACGGGCAUGGCCGCAAGGUGCAGAACUACAAUGGGACGCGGCUCUGCCUCCGCAACUAUUUCCCCACACGGAAGUGCUUCGUGCUGCCUCCGCCACUGGGCACAGAGGAGUGCGGGCGCAUGGAGGAGCUGCCCGAGGCUGCACUGGCCCCACGUUUCCUCCAACAGGCAGCCCAGUUCUGCAACUACGUGCUGAGCUCCACCAGGCUCAAGACGCUGCCUGACGGCAGAGCACUGACAGGGCGAGCCCUGUGCAUGCUGCUGCAGAGCUACGUGGAGGCCAUCAACAGCGGGCAUCUGCCCUGCCUGGAGGGAGCAGCGGCAGUGAUGAUGGCCAACGAGAAUGCAGCGGCGGUGGCGGCAGCGCUGGAGGCCUAUACCAGGGGCAUGCGGGGGCUGUCACUGCCCACAGAGCCUGCACAGCUCUCGGCCGCGCAUGGGGAGCACCUGCAUGAGGCACUCAUUGUCUUCCAGCGUCGCAGCUUCCGGGAUCGUGACCAGGAGCACCAGCGGCGCCUCAUGGAACAGAUCAGCACAGAGUACAGCCACCUGCAGGAGGAGAAUGAUGAAGCAUCACGGCAGCACUGCAAGGCACUGCUGGCUGAGCUGGCACAGGCACUGCAUACCAGCCUGGCCCGUGGGGCCUACACACAGCCCGGAGGCUACCGCGCCUACGAGGCCGAGCGGCAGCGGCUGCUGGAGGGCUAUCGGCAAGCGGAGGGCAAGGGCCCCAAGGCCGAGGAGGUGCUGAAUGAGUUCCUGGCGGAGCGUCGGGCAGAGGCAGAGGCAGUGCUGAAGGCAGACAAUGCACUGAGCGAGGCCGAGAAGCAGCUGGAGGACCAGAAGCAGCAGGCGCAGCUCCUGGAGCAGCGGCAGAAAGCGACGGCGGAGCGCGAACGGCAGCUGGAGGCGCUGCUGGAGGACGAGCGCAACAGCUACGCGCAGAACCUGCAAGCCCUGGAGGCCAAGAUGAAGGCGGAGGCGGAGAGCGCGCAGCGGGAGCUGCAGCGGGCGAUGGAAGCGAAGCUACGGGAGCAGAGAGAGCUGCUGCAGCGCGGCUUCAGAGAGCAGGCGGCGCUGAUGGAGCAGGAGCUGGCGGCGCUGCGGCGGGAGAGCAACAACAACAGCAAGCAGGAGCUGGCGGCCUACAUUUUCGACACCGUGCGCGCCGCCUGCGACCUCAUCAGCACGUUAAAACUGUCCAAGCUGGCCAAGUCACGGGGAACAGCAGUGUAGGCGACUGCACGCCGCUAAACCUCCGCCCGCCCCUCUUCGGCGGCCCAAUAAAGCGCUCAUCCCACA